AUGAGGCUCCUGGAGGUUCUGAGCGCAGCUCUCCUGUCCACCAGAUCUAAUCUCGCCUCUUCCGCUCACCAGCACCAGAACCACCGAUACGACGCCUCCUCGACAGACGAACCAGUCCACCACCACUACCACCGCGACAGCUUCCAGGACGUCGUCAUCUCGCUGCGCCCCGCGGACCGCCACCUCCUGGAGUCGACGCUCGCGGACUUGUCUGACCCGGAUGGCGAAAAGUACGGCAGGUUCUUGAGCCGGGAGGAGGCCAGGGCGCUGCUGCAGCCGCGCCAGUCGUCUGUCGAUGCCGUCAAGCGGUGGCUCGCCGAGGCUGGCGUGCCGGAGGAAGAUGUCCGUGAUGGUGGACAGGUUAUCGAGGCGCGGGUGUCGACUUCUGAUGCUGAGCGCCUUUUGAGGCUUGGUGCGCGUCAUGGGGCGACUGCGGACGAGAGGGGGCUGGUGGACGGAGAGAAAGAGUCGACGGCGGCUCUGAGGGCUCAUGUCGCCUUUGUCCACCGAGCGCCAGAGGUCAGAUCUACGAGCACGCCUCAAAAGCGCUUCCCAGCCCGGAGGACGGCGUCAGAGACGUCCCAAAGCAUGCUCACAGCCCGCAGGGAACCACCCUCAACGACGCCGUCGUGCGGCGGAAAAGUCACGCCAGCAUCCCUCCGCGCGCUGUACCACAUGGACGAUUACACCAACGGCAACGGCUUCGCGCCGUCGCAACUACCGGCACACGCCAGGUCGCGUCUCGGCAUCGCGGGCUUCAGCGGCCAGGCAGCGCAGUACGCCCAGCUGGACAAGUUCCUCGCCGCGCUGAUGCCCGACGCGGUGGGCGCCAACUUCUCGACGGCGCUGGUCAACGGGGGCAGCAACCCGCAAGACGAAGAGUACGAGCACAGCGGCGAGGCGAACCUCGAUAUCCAGUACGCCGUGGGCAUGGCGUACCCCGUGCCCGUGACGUACUAUGCCGUCGGCGGCGAGGACCACGACUUUACCCCUGAUCUGGACAUCUGGGACCCCGACACGCAGUGGGUCGAGCCCUACGACAUCUUCUUCAGCUACCUGCUCGACCUCGACGACGAGGCCCUCCCACGGGUCGUGUCCAUCUCCUACGGCGUCAACGAGCAGGACGUGCCGCGGGCGCACGCGCAGCGCAUCUGCGACAUGAUCGGGCAGCUCGGCACGCGCGGCGUCUCUGUCAUCGCCAGCUCGGGCGACCAGGGGCCCGGCGUCUCGUGCCUGUCCAACGACGGCACCAACACGACCAAGUUCCUGCCCGCGUUCCCGGCCUCGUGCCCGUACGUGACGUCCGUGGGCGGCACGCACGGCCACGGCCCGGAGGUCGCGUGGAACCUCUCCUCGGGCGGCUUCUCCGAGUACUGGCCGCGGCCGGCCUGGCAGGAGAUGGCCGUGGGGGAGUACCUCGCGCGUCUGGGGGGUAGGUGGAAGGGGUUGUAUAAUCCUCGGGGGCGGGGGUUUCCUGAUGUGUCGGCGCAGGCGAUGGGGUAUCAGAUCUUUGAUCACGGCAAGGUCGACAACGCUGAUGGGACGAGCGCGUCGGCACCCGUCUUUGCCUCCAUGAUUGCGCUACUCAACGAGAUGCGCCUACAGCGAGGUCUACCCACCAUGGGGUUUCUCAACCCGUGGUUAUACAAGAUUGGCAGCCUUGGCUUCACAGACAUCGUCGAUGGAGCGUCCAAGGGCUGCGUCGGAACCAGCUUCAGCGGCAAGCCCGCGCCCGUGGUGCCCGGCGCGGAGUGGGCUGCCGUCCCGGGGUGGGAUCCGGCGACGGGCUUGGGCACGCCUCUGUUUGACAGGAUGAAGUGCGACGAGCAAGGCCCUCCAUGCGCCAACUGCACCAUCCGCAACAUCAGAUGCACGUAUCCCCCGCCGUCCGCGUCCACGUCCAAACACCACGAGCCGCCGCCGUCGCGCCCAUGGUCCGUCGCCGCCGCCUACAGCUCCUCCAGCAGCGCCAGCCCCGUCCGGCGCCCGCCCAUCACCCCCUCGCCGCUCUCCGUCUCCGCCGUGGAGACGUCCAACCGCCUCCUCGAGCUGGAGCUCAUGCACCGCUGGUCGGUCCGCACCUGGCGCGGCCUCUACAACCUGCCCGCCUGCCAGCCCUUCCUGCAGGAGGGCCUCCCGCGCGAGGGCCUGCGCCUGCCCUUUAUCCUCAACGGGAUCCUGGCCCUGGCGGCGCUCGACAUUGGCCUGCUCGCGGGGCUGCAUGGGGAUCGUCGGACGGUAAGGUACUAUAAGCGUGCUGCGCUCGAGUACUACACGACUGCGAGCGCCGAGUUCCGUGGCGCGCUGGCGAGCAAUUCCAUCACGAGGGAUACGCUGUAUCUGUUCUCUACGUUUGGCAGCAUGGCGGGCUUCUUUAAUUUCGCCAUGGGCGACGACGAAGACGACGAGGACGGGGCAGGCAAAGGGGACUCGUCGGGGAAGACAAGCGUGGUGGACCGGGUACACGCCUCGUUCGCCAUGUUCCUCGGAUGUCUGCACACGGCAGCCAUCAACUGGGACUGGUUCUUCGACAGCCCGACGUCCGCACGUACCGCCGUGCUGGACUACUUCCCCCGCCAGGAAUACAUGGACCUAGUCGACGCAGACACCCAAACGGCCAUCCAGCGCAUCACAAGCGCCAGCCACAGCAUACUCCUCCCACCGACCGGCGACCCGUCCCUCGACUCACCCGACGGCCGCCAGGGCCCGCUCGCGCACGACGUGUGCUCGUACCACAUCGCCGCCGAGCAGACCAAGUACUGCUUCGCGGAGCGCGUCGUCGGCCGCAUCAGGGGCUUCAUGGUGAACCUGCCCUCGCGGUGCGUCACGGGGCCCGACUUCGUCGAGGGCCUGCGCACCCACGAGCCCAUGGCCAUGUUCAUCCUGCUGUACUGGGGCGUCCUGCUGCACGGCUGCGCGGCCGAUCCCUGGAUGUGGUGGGCCGGCACCACGGGCCGCGAGGUCGUCGAGGAGACGGCGGCGAUUCUCGCGAGGUCGCCCGUGUGCGAGCUGGAGGAUGUGCGCGAGGGCAUCGCGUGGGCGAGAGAACAGGUCGGACUGGUGGAGGCGCUUGCCGAGUGCUAA